AGAUUCCAACCAAUAAGCAACGAGUGCGUUGUGUCAAAAAUACCGAUUUUCCUUCGUUCACGCUCUGAUGUUGAACUGUAACCCUUUACGUCCCGCCUUCCUACUUCCGCUUCUUGUACGGGGGUGAAAAUGGCUGCUACCCGUUACCGUCGGUUUCUAAAGCUGUGUGAGGAAUGGCCGAGGGAUGAAUCGAAGAAAGGACGUGAUUUGGGAACAUUUUUAAGACAGAGGGUAGCCCUGGCUUUUCGAGAAGGUGAAAACACACAGAUUUCGGACCCAGAGAAGUGUGAUCAGAUGUAUGAGAGCUUAGUCCGCAUCAACAACAACUACUACAAAGAGAAGUUCCCUCGAGUAAAGGACACUAGCUUCACUGGUGUGACAGUUGAGGAAUGUAGACUAUUGUUAUCUACAGGAAGCAUGCAGCAGAUGGAUGAGGAGAAGAAAGGUUUGUGGAAGACACUGAUGCAACGCUUUUCCUCCAAGCCACCAGAAGAAGGUGCUGAAAAGCACACUGAAAAGUAAUGCUGCUCACCAUAGAUCUCCACUCUGUCUAUAUGGACAUACUCAAACAAAAGCCCCAAAACAAGCCCUUUUCAAGAUUUCACAGGACCCAACCUCUCACUCGAUUUCAAGGUGAUUCUGUAGGGCUGAUGAAUGGUUGGAAUGUGGUGUAUCCUUGAAUAAGACACUUGGCCUGAAUUGUUUAAAUAUUCAACUUUACUUGCCAAACUUGAAUUGGAUAUGUAAAUGAAAUGCAACUCCUGCCUCAAAUGCAUGUGGUGAGGUUGUUCCCCCAAACAGUAGAGGAUGUCAGAAAAGCUAAAGAAGUUGAAUGUAAUUUACAAGAGAUCUUUGUGCUAGACCUUGCUUGCUGCUAGACCAAAAUACAUAUAAAAUAUCAGGAAUUGCCAAGCAGA